AUGGCUAUGUGCCAUGAGGCCGCAUGCUUGGAGCUAAGAGAGGAUCACUCUGACGUGGCUUCUGCCUCAGGCACGUCGUGCUCAUUGGCAUCGAAUCUGAGUGAUGAUGCGAGUUAUUCUCCACCUGACGAUUCUUCGGGGUCAUCCUCAGCGUCAUCCAGCACCUUGCAUCUGGAUUCCGAUGGACCGCUCUGCGAUCUGUCUUCGCUGCUAGCCCAGCUUCCUGCCAGGAGAGGGCUGUCCAAGUACUACCAAGGAAAGUCCCAGUCCUUCACAUCAAUAUCUGGUGCUACAUGUCUUCAAGACCUUGGUAAAGAAGCAACUUCCAGUAAGAGGAUGAAGACAUGCAAGAGCUAUAAAGCAGGAUUAGGGGUGAACCAGCGGACGAAUCACUCACCGAGGAUAGGCAACAAGAUGAUAGGGAAGAGGCCUUCAAAAGGUUCAUUUGCUUGUCUGUUGUCCAGAGCAAGCAGCACCAACCUCUUGUGCAUUAGUCCUAAUUUAGCUGCACAGCAGAAUGACAAAGAUGUACAAAUGCAUAUGAACUCUUAA